AUUUAUAUUGUUAUCCUAUCGCAUUCAUUAUUAGUCUCCUCCUGAUAAAUCAUUCCAUUCAAGUGCGAAAAAUCAUUGAUCGGCAGAUAACGAUAUACUUAAAACCGAAUACUUUCAGCAAAUAAUCCUUUUCAUUUGUUUUCUUACGAGUUUACACAUCUUUCACAGUUUUUGUGAAGAUUUUCAUUUACAAAGAUGAAUAUAACCGCACUUUUUCACGAACUUGGUAUUAUCCUAGGCCUUAUCCAUGGAGAUGAUACAACCACUACUGCUUUGACAACAUCUGGCAACUUUAAAGUUUCCACAACUCCCAUGAUUCUUGAUAUAUCAUCAUUAGGACCCAUUUCCACAUCAGACGACUUUCUAGUUUCCAAAAAGUUUUUAUCUUCGAUAUCAACAGAUUCAGGUCAUGAAACAACGAAAAAUCUCAAGAUAUUUUCCGACGUUGAUGAAUCUACGUAUCCUCCAACCAAGACUCCUCAUUCAACUACUAAACAAGAGCCUAAUGUGACUAGCCACGCCCCUCCUACCCAUCAUUCCAGCUCAGUAUCUUCAGUAGAUACCUCUGAAGUCACUACACACAAUUCAACUUCAGAAAGCACAGACGAGGGAACUGACCCUACUCGUAAUAGUAGCUCCACUGGAUCUGAAGUUACAGACCACAGUACCAUCACCGAUUCUGUGCACACAGAUAACAGCUCCAUCACCGAUUCUGUAAGCACAGAUAAUAUUACCGUCACUGAUACGGAAAGCACAGAGAACAUUACCAUCACCGAAUCUGUAGGCACAGAUAACAAUACCGUCACCGAAUCUGGAAGCACAGAGAACAUUACCAUCACCGAAUCUUUAAGCACAGAUAACAUUACCGUCACUGAUUCUGUUAGCACAGAUAACAACACAGUCACCGGCACAGAAACCACAGAUAACAUCACAGUCACUGGAACUGAGCUCACUAAAGAAACUGGAGGCACUGAAGUAACCCCAACUGGUUCUCCCAAACCUACUGAAAAACCUGGUUUGUCAAAAGGAGCCGUUGCUGGAAUAGUUGUAGGAUCUCUACUGGCAGUUGCUAUCGUUGCUGCUGCAAUCGUAUUUGUAUAUAAGCAGCGAAACAGUUCACCUGAAACUAGAAGACUCAAUGUUUAAAACAUCGGAUAAAAUGAUUUAGAAUGAUUAGAAAAAAAAGAUUAAGAUCUGUAAAAUUAUUUUUUGAGCAAAUGCCACUUUGUUAUAGAAGAAAAGCUUAUUGCUAAAGAACUGUUGUAUAAAAAGAAUGUUUUAUUGUUUAUUAAAGAACUAUUUUAUUGUUU